AUGAGAUUGACCUCAUCCUUACGGUUCCAUAGACAAAACAACAAGAGUUUCCUCAGAAUCUUCAUGCUCUUGGUUCUUAGCUGUAUACCAGGUAGAACCAAUCUUUGUUCCAAUCAUUCAGAUAUUCGUUCCUCUUUAGAUUCACUCGAUUUGGACGGUUACAUAACCUUUGAUGAUGUCCACAAUGCGUCCAAGGACUUUGGCAACAGAUACCAGUUACCACCUUUAGCAAUUCUCCAUCCGAGGUCAGUUUCUGAUAUUUCAACAGUGAUCAGACAUAUCUUACACCUGGGAUCCACCUCAAAUCUUACAAUAGCAGCCAGAGGUCAUGGUCACUCGCUUCAAGGACAGGCUCUAGCUCAUCAAGGUGUUGUCAUCAACAUGGAGUCACUUCCAAGUCAUGGUAUCAAGAUUUACAAAGGGACACAACCGUAUGUUGAUGUCUCAGGUGGUGAAUUAUGGAUCAACAUUCUAAGGGAGACUCUAAAACACGGUCUAUCACCAAAGUCAUGGACAGACUACCUUCAUCUAACUGUUGGAGGUACUCUGACUAAUGCUGGUAUCAGUGGUCAAGCGUUCAAGAAUGGACCCCAAAUCAACAAUGUCUACCAGCUAGAUAUUGUCACAGGCAAAGGAGAAGUCAUGACUUGUUCUGAGAAGCUGAAUCCUGAACUUUUCAACAGUGUUCUUGGAGGGCUUGGACAGUUUGGCAUAAUCACCAGGGCACAGAUCUCUCUUGGACCAGCACCACAUAUGGUUAAAUGGAUCAGGGUACUUUAUUCAGACUUCUCUAGAUUCUCAAGGGACCAAGAACAUUUGAUUUCUAAAAAAAAAGGUUUCGACUAUGUGGAAGGAUUUGUAGCAAUCAAUAGAACAGAUCUUCUCAGUAACUGGAGGUCAUCAUUUAGUCCCAAUGACUCCACAAAGGCAAGCCAGUUUAAAUCUGAUGGAAAAACUCUGUAUUGUCUAGAAGUGGUGAAAUAUUUCAACAAGGAAGAAGCUAACUCUAUGAACCAGGUGUGA